AUGGCUAAUGAAGAUGGUAUUUUCAAUGAAAGCACCCCUCCUCUUACAUCAGAAGAGGGGAUGAACCAACGCCAUCAAUCGAUUUCUGGAAACUCGGCAACGAUGGCUCUUUUAGCUAACACAUUUAAGGAUACUAUGUGUGAAAUGAUGAUGCAAAUGUCUCAAGAAAAUCAUGCUGCUCUUACUGAGAUGAUGAAAAUGUUUAGAUCUGAAGAGAGCCGCUCAGUUCGUAUUUCAGAUAUUUAUUUUCCAAGUUUUGAUCCUGAUAAAGGCAUUGUUAAUGACGUAAGGGAAUGGGUAGACCUAAUAACAAGAACACAGCAAGAAUACAAGUUGAAGGAUCACGAAGUGCGACUUAAGGCUGCUGGUGUUCUAAAAGGAAGAGCGCAAACUUGGGCUGAUGAUUGUCUGCUCAGAACAACCACUUGGGCGGAAAUGAAAGAAGAUAUGCUACAAACCUUCGAGCCAGAAUCAAGAUACUUUUCAGAGGUACUCAAAUUUAGAAGAUAUGGUAUUAACGACGCUGAAAGCAUCCCUGAAUACAUAUCUAAUGUAUGGAAAAUGUUCAAAAGGAUUGUUAAACCUGAUCCUACUGACCAAGACGCUGUUGAAUUUGUAAUUGGCAGUAUUAAAGAAGACGGGCUUCGGACAGAACUUCUUAACGCCAAAUGUCAAUCUGUCCCGGAGCUCAUUGCGAUUGCCAAAACCAUGCGAUGCACAUAUCCUCCUACUCAAGAACGUUUAUCCAGCAAAAGGAUGAAAGUCGACCGUGAUAGAUCGGAUCAAGGUAUGACAUGUUUUGUAUGUGGUAAACGAGGACAUCGAGCUCGAUGGUGUAAUCAAAAUGCCAUUAAAAAUGGAGAAGACAGGCUAUGCGUGGACUACAGAGAACUCAACACAAACACCGUAAGAGAUAAUUACCCACUACCUUUAAUCUCUGAACAGCUAGACCAGCUCGCUGAUGCCAAAUAUUUCACUUGUCUUGACAUGGCCGCUGGUUUUCACCAAGUACCUAUAUCUGAAGCAUCUAUUGAGAAAACUGCAUUUGUUACACCUGACGGGCAGUAUGAAUACUUAACAAUGCCUUUUGGUUUAACCAAUGCGCUGUCAGUCUAUCAAAGAGCAAUAAAUAAGGCACUAGGGGAACUUAGAGGUAAAGUAGCAUUGGUAUACAUGGAUGAUGUACUUAUACCGAGCAAAACGAUUAAUGAAGGCAUCCAUAAAUUGAAACUAGUUCUAGGAAAUCUUACAAAGUGUGGAUUUUGUAUCCAUAUUGUGAAAUGCUCAUUUCUGAAGAUUUCUAUCGAAUAUCUCGGAUUCAUUGUGGCCAAUGGAAAGGUAAGACCUAGCUCAUCUAAGGUUGAUGCAUUAGCCAGAACCCCACCGCCGACAAAUGUGAAGCAGUUAAGACAAUUUAACGGGUUAGCGCUGUUGGACUUGGAGCUGUGCUAA